CCAGACAGUCGAGUCGUAACGCAGCGACGCGCGAGUCCGAGCCCCUCAGUCUGCCGGCGGUCUUCGAUGGUGGUACAUCGUUCGCGCUCCGUCCGGUCAUUCGCGAAUAUUCCGAGUGUUUACGGUUUUUCCGUGGCGUGGGGUGGUCCAGUGGCGUCGGGCGAUCGUCACUUGUUUGUGCUAAUCCUUUGUUUGGCGUGAAAAUUCGUGGAUUAUUUCAGUCGUUCAGUUCAAUUAUUUUCGUUCAGUGGUGAAUUUAUGAAGUGAAUUGAGUGAUUUUUUUUUAGGAUUCAUAAGCUUCGGUGAUACUGCACUUUGAUUAAUUGAAGGGAGUGGAUCCGGGAGAGGAGACCAGAGGGUGACACCAUGACGGAGGGCGGCAUGAACGUUAGCGUGAGUACCUCACGAUCAAUCAAAAUCUCCCCAAUUUCCGGAUUUACCUCUCAGUCAUGGAUAAAGGAAUUGAUGACGAAAAACAACCACAGAAAUUGGCGUCGACUGCUGAUUGGUGGACUGAUAGCAAUCGUAGUGCUUGCACUGCUGAUCACAGCGAUAAUUCUACUCACUUCUAGUCCAAAUUCACCCAGUGCACGAGCACCUACCACAUCCAGCAUUACUCUGGAUGACUGGCUGUGGGGCUCGUUGUCCACUAAAACCUUCAAUGGCACCUGGAUCAACGAUGACGAAUUCCUGUACCGAAUUGAGACUGGAGAUUUAAUGGUGUACAACAUUCAAAAUGCAUCAGCCCGAGUAUUACUGCCAAUAUCGCAGUCUUUUUUUUCAUCAAAUUUUCAGGCACUUCGGUCGAGUUUCGAGCAUCAGCUGUCGCCAGAUGGACAGUAUCUGCUGUGUGCCUCCAAUUAUCAGAAGUUUUUCCGCCACACUUACCUGGCUGAAUACAGAAUCGUUAAUCUGAAAACUAAGAUUGAGACACUGGUGACUGUUGGAAAUUCAACGAACCAACAAUUGGCAACGUGGACCGGUGAUGGCAAUGGGCUGGUGUACGUCAAUCAGAACAACAUAUACUACAGGCCAAAGGUGGAAAGUGCGAUCGAUUAUCAGAUUACAACGAGCGGUGUUUUCGGAAGUAUUUACAACGCCGUACCAGACUGGGUUUACGAGGAGGAGAUUUUCAGUUCAAACAAAGCCCUUUGGUUCUCCCCGAGUGGGAAAAAAAUGGCGUUCGGAUACUUUGACGACUCAAAUACUCCGGUAAUGAAUAUCCCGUUCUACGGAUAUCCAGGCAGCCUCUCGUUCCAGUACCCGUCAUCGAUAACCGUCCGUUAUCCCAAGAGUGGCGCAACAAAUCCCACCGUCAAGUUGUUCUACGUGGACCUUGAAAAAGUAGUAAAAAGCCAAGGAACCGCUAUAGCCCUCACCGAGAUCAAGCCUCCCCGACAGCUGGCCGAAAGCGAGAGAAUUCUAGCUGCUGUUGCCUUCCCCACGGAGACCAUAGUGUCAUCUACAUGGAUGAACAGAGUCCAAAACCAGGUGUAUAUCCGUACCUACGAUGCUGAGAACUCGGUCUACAAAAUGGUACUCAUGUAUCGGGAGGACAACGGUUGGAUUGAACAAUAUGCAGCACCACACUUCAGCAGAGAUGGCAAAACUUUCAUCCUUAUUCUACCCCAGAAACAGCAAUUGGACAAUGACUACUGGUCGCACUUGGUGAUGGUGACAAAUAGAGAAAAUCGUACCACUCGUCCACUAACUUCUGGUACCUUUGUUGUCACUGAAAUUGUCGCAUGGGAUCAGGACAACUACCUUGUGUACUACUUAGCAACAGUCCCAGGUGAUCCAGGCCAACAGCAUCUGUACCGUGUCUCCACCCUGCCGGAAAAAUCAGCCCCCGAGUGCCUGAGCUGUGGUGUCAAGGGUGAAGUCGAGGACACAUACUGUCUCUACAACGAGGCACAACUCUCACCAGACAAUAGCCACUACGUCCUGACCUGCGCCGGUCCCGGUAUUCCCGAUAUCUCCAUCUACAGCAGCAUGAAUGCAUCGAAAGUGCUGACGUGGGAGAGCAACGCUGGAAUUUCAGAGGCGAUGGCGGGAAAAUCCCGGCCCCUCGUAAAGAGAUUCACAGUGCCAGUCGGUGGUGGUUUCGAGGCGCAAGUGAGAUUGUUGAUACCACCAGGCGCCGACUUGACCGGUACCACCAAGUAUCCAAUGCUGGUUUACGUUUACGGUGGGCCAGAUACGUAUCAAGUGACAGAGAAAUUCCACAUAGACUGGGGCACAUAUCUCGUCACCAACAAAAACAUUAUUUACGCUGCGAUCGAUGGCCGUGGAUCCGGAUUAAAGGGCAAUGCAAUGUUAUUUGCUGGAUACAGAAAUUUAGGAACAGUUGAAAUUUACGACCAGAUAAACGUCACGAGACAUCUGCAGGAGAGCUUCCCCUUCAUCGAUAAAACGAGAUCAGGAAUAUGGGGGUGGAGUUACGGAGGAUAUGCUGCCGGUAUGAGCCUGGCAAUGGACCGGGACGCUGUAUUCAAAUGCGGAAUGUCGGUUGCUCCAGUUACCGAUUGGGCGCUUUAUGAUUCCAUUUACACGGAGCGCUUUAUGGGCCUACCAACAGCCUCCGACAAUCUAAAUGGUUACGAGCAGGGCCAACUUUUGAACAAAGUAGACAACAUUAAAUCUAAUAGCUACUACCUUAUUCACGGAACUCUCGACGACAAUGUGCACUAUCAGCAGUCACUUCAGCUUGCCAAAGUCCUCGAGCAGAAGGAUAUACUCUUCAGGCAGCAGACUUACACUGACGAGGACCAUGGAAUCGCUCUAUUGAGAGCGCACCUCUACCACUCAAUGGAAAAUUUCCUGGACGACUGUUUGAUAAAAUUAUGAUCGCGUGAAAUUUUUCAACGGUAAAUAAUUCAACAAAUAAGUACAUUCAACCUCCGACUUGUCUGUAAAUAAAUGAGAAUAACGACGAUCCUGUACAAAAGUUUAUGUACAAUAUUGUAAUAUGAGUGUUCAUGUAAAUAUCAAUCCAGAGUGUAGGGAAUAUGAUGAUGAUUGUCGAAAUUUUUAAUUAAAAAUAGGACGUUUUUUCAAGAGUGAUUAUGAAGUUUCAUGGAAUGAUAUGGAGGACAACUUUUUUAGGUACAUUUGCGAUUCCUAUGGCGCUACGAUUUGACACUUAUUGAAGAUAAAAUCGAUCAAUGCCACCAUUACCUAAAGAGUUAACAAACCAGAUCUAAAAGGGUAAAAAAGCAUUAAAAAUCUCUAUAGUUCAGUAAAAAUAAGGGCAAUUAAUUUUGUUCUAAGCCAAAACACUUUGACAAGUGUCAAGUCGGCCUAUAGGAAUCUAAAUCAUGCCCUUUUUUAACGAAGAAAAAUUAUUACAGAGAAUACGAAUCAAAUUUGUUAUCAAUACAAAAGAGCUUAAUGAUGUUGAUGGGUCAGUGACCUCAUUUUAUCUCAAAUUGUCGUGAGUUAUUCGUGAAAAAUGGAUUUAUGUACUUACAGACGACUUUGGAAUAAGCACGCUCAUGCACUCCUUUUAUUCUGUUCAGUGGAGGUGUUUUACCCUCGUUUUAAUGUGCAUUUCAUGAAUUAUGAAAUUAUUUCAUUAUUUUUUUAAACUAAGAGUAUUCAUAUAUUUGAACUAAUUACUUUUCUUUCGUGAUUAGAGUUAAGUCGAAUAAGGAAACGAAUGGAAAUUCAAAAGAAUUCAACAUUUCGCUUGAUUGAUAAUCUACAGAUUCUUCUAAUUGCGAACAAAUCGUCAUUUCCUUAUUCUAUUUAACGAACCAUGUUUCAACUCUUUAAGAUAGCAUAUCUAUCACCCUAAGAUUGUUAAGAUUUACAAGUUCAAGGUACUAAUAACGUUCUUUAUAAUAAUGAACACGAUAGUGUAAAUACCCCAGGACUAUCAUAGUUUUUAUCGUAAAUAAUGAAGAGAAUUUUUAAUCACAAGGACCACCAGCAAAUCAAUUUUCUUUUUCAAGUGAAAAAAAAAAUUACUCCGAGUGGAUUAUGAUAAAUUUAAUAUGUCAAGUUUGAAUAAAGAAGGAUAAUGAUUGAUGUUUUAUCUCUGACAUUCGUGUACAUAAAACAGAAUUUUUCAAAAUCUUAAAUCAAACGAAGGCAAAACAUUGUUGAUACAUGCAGAAAGAAUAUUUUAGCAUUUAGUAAAAUUAACUUCAAUUUUGUCGUAGAAAAAAGAAAAUUUUAUAAAUGCUACAAUUUUUUUCUCAGUGUAAAGGGAAAAACGAUGGGGAAAAAUGACAACAAUUGUAGAAUCCGGCAAAGCUUGUACACCCAUUAUUCAUUAUUUGUUG